AUGAUCAUCGAAGCGACUGGCGUUCUUCCAGAAGGCUGUAUCACGCCCGGUUGUCUCGGUCUCUGGAAGGAUUCGCAAGUCGGCCCGCACAAGCAGAUUGUCGAUUUUGCCCAUAGCCAGGUUCAGAAGAUUGGAAUUCAAUUCGGUCACGCUGGACGUAAAGCAUCCACUCUGCCACGUUGGGUUGGAGGAGCUACAGCUACAAACGCAGUAGCCGGUUGGGUUGAGAAUAUCAAGUCGGCGAGCGCCAUCCCAUUCAGCGACAACGAUAUUGUCCGUAAGGCCAUGACUUCUGAGGAUAUCCAAGAUCUCAAGGAAGCCUGGGUUCCGGCUGCACAGCGUGCUCUUUCGGCCGGCGUUGACUUUAUCGAAAUCUACGCUGCGCACGGCUACCUCCUUUCGUCGUUCCUAAGUGCAUCUUCUAAUCAACGUGUUGGCCAAUAUGGCGGAACAUUUGAAACCCGUAUUCGUCUCCCUCUUGAGAUCGCCCGUUUAACUCGUGAUACUGUCGGCCCGAAGAUGCCCGUGUUCCUUCGUGUCUCGGGUACUGACUGGCUUGACAAUCAUCCUCAGGAUCAGGGUUGGAGCUUAGAUGAUACCGUGAAAUUCGCAGUUGCUUUGGCCGAUGAGGGCUCCGUCGAUCUGAUCGAUAUCAGCAGCGGUGGCGUUCAUUCGGCCCAGGAAAUUACAUCGGGUCCAGCAUUCCAAGUACCCUUUGCAGCGAAGGUGAAGCAAGCUGUUGGGGAUCGUCUUCUGGGCUCACGGAUGUGA